UGACUGUGAGACAAAAACCUCCCCGAUCUCUCUUUCUCUCCCUUUAUCGCCGCUGCUGUUCGUGUAUCUUUGGGGAAGAUGACAGUAUUUUUCUUAUUACAAGGAUAAUAUGGAGAUUAUUCAACGAAAAUCUAACGAAAGGAGGUUUUUGUCUCACGGACAGACCCCAUAGUACGGGGUAUUUGUAAUUUACCCUUUUUUUUGUUGUUGUGAAGUACAAGGAUAAAAAUUUAUGCAUCACGAAUCUUCUGCUUCACUUUCAUUCUCUUUUAAGAGCUUGGUUCAGUUGCCGUUUAUCAGAAAAUCGGCGCCAGCUCAGGGUCAAAUUCUCGAAAUAUUUUCUUGGGUCAUGUGAGAGUGGUCGUUGGAGGAAACGUCAGUGUUCUUCAAUGGCGUUACUGUCUCGAGCUUUUGUUGUGCGUGGUUAAAACUAUUUUGAAACCCCAGUUCAUCCGAAACCACAUAACUAUUAUUCAAUGGCGUUACUCUCUCGAGCUUUUGUUGCGCAUGGUUAUAGGUCCACUUUGUUUAAUGGAAGAAAAAAUGUCACUCGAGAGUCAGAGACUCAUUUCGCUCAUGCUAAACCAAUCGUUUAUACGCCAAAUUUAUCUGCCUCGAAGCUCGCUUUGUAUAACUUAUCAUAUAAACGUUAUUACAGAAUUCGAAUUAGUCGUGCCACGACGGAGGUUUUCCAAGAUCGAAUUAUUGAAGACAAGGAAAAAGAGAAAAGUCGGAUUCUCAGGGUUGGUCUCAUUUGUGGAGGGCCGUCUGCAGAGCGUGGAAUUUCACUGAAUUCUGCAAGAUCAGUUCUUGAUCAUAUACAAGGGGAUGAUUUGCUUGUCAGUUGCUAUUACAUUGAUUGCAAUCUUAAUGCUUACGCAAUAUCCUUUGCACAGGUGUAUUCAAAUACUCCUGCAGAUUUUGACUUCAAACUUGAAAGUCUUGCCAAAGGAUUCCAGUCUUUAUCUGAGUUUGCAGAACACCUUGCUGCGACAGUGGAUAUAGUUUUCCCUGUUAUACAUGGCCGUUUUGGUGAAGAUGGUGGAAUCCAGGAGCUUUUGGAGAAAGCAAAUGUUCCAUUUGUUGGAACAGCAUCAAAUGAAUGUUGCCAAGCUUUUGACAAGUAUGAUGCCUCCCUGGAGCUCAACAGACAAGGAUUUGUUACCAUACCUAGUUUUCUUGUGCAGGGAAGUUGUCUGAAUAAAUCUGAAUUGUCAAACUGGUUUGAAAGCAAUCAAUUGGACUGUUGCUCAGGGAAAGUUGUGGUAAAACCAGCAAGGGCAGGGUCAAGCAUUGGUGUCACUGUUGCUUAUGGUGUUGAUGAUGCCCUUAAGAAAGCAAAUGAUAUUAUUUUAGAGGGGAUUGAUCAUAAAGUUCUUGUUGAAGUUUUUCUUGAAGGUGGAAGUGAAUUUACUGCCAUUGUCCUUGAUGUUGGUUUUGGUGUUGAUUGCCAUCCCGUGGUUCUCCUCCCAACAGAGGUGGAGCUUCAAUUCCAUGACAGUGCUAAUGUUAGAGAAAAUGAUGCAAUAUUCAACUACCGAAGGAAAUAUCUCCCAACACAACAGGUUGCUUAUCACACACCACCUCGUUUUCCUACUGAUGUAAUUGCAUGUAUACGAGAAGGAGCAUCUCUGUUAUUUCAACGACUUGGCCUGCGUGAUUUUGCUCGAAUUGAUGGUUGGUUUUUGCCUUCUUCAGUUCAAUUCUCUUCAUCUACUGAGAACCGUAAAAUGUUUGGAAGGACUAAAUCGGGUUCAAUAAUUUUUACAGAUAUCAAUUUGAUUAGUGGGAUGGAGCAAACCAGUUUUUUAUUUCAGCAGGCAUCAAAGGUUGGGUUUUCUCAUUCUAACAUCCUCCGGACUAUCAUUCAGCGUGCUUGCUCGCGGUUUCCCCAUCUUGCGUCAUGUUGUAACCUAAUAAAUACAUGGCCUAGAAGAUUGGAAUCCUCACAGCAUGGUGGAGCUUUACCCGAAAGGAAAGGUACUCAAAAAGUUUUUGUCAUUUUUGGAGGAGAAACUUCAGAGCGCCAAGUAUCUCUGAUGAGUGGAACAAAUGUUUGGCUCAACUUGCAAACUUUUGAUGAUCUUGAAGUUACUCCAUGUUUGCUGGCACCCACAAAUGAAUAUUUUUCUAACGUGGACCACAAUAAGGAGAAAAGUGGUUCCUCUAGAACAGUUUGGUCAUUACCUUAUUCUCUUGUGCUACGACAUACAACAGAGGAAGUUCUUGCUGCAUGUAUAGAGGCAAUUGAACCAGCUAGGGCUGCAUUAACAUCUAUCUUGCGGGAUCAAGUGAUGAUUGAUAUUAUGGAAGGUUUGAACAAGAACAAUUGGUUUAUGGGAUUUGAUAUAGCUAAUGAUCUGCCUCGGAAAAUUUCACUAGAGCAGUGGAUUAAGCUAGCCAAGGAUGUCCAAGCAACAGUGUUUAUUGCAGUUCAUGGAGGUAUUGGUGAGGAUGGCACACUUCAAUCUAUGCUGGAGGCAGAAGGCAUACCUUAUACAGGUCCUGGUGUAAUGGCCUCCAGAACUUGUAUGGACAAAGUUGCAACUUCUCUUUCUCUUGGACAUCUAGCAAGUUUUGGGAUUCUUACCAUACCUAAGGAUUUGUGGAACAAAGAGGAUCUUCUAAAUGCAUCUAUACAUGAAACGUGGCAUGGGUUGACCAUGAAGCUUCACUGCCAGACAUUAUGUGUGAAACCAGCUCAAGAUGGGUGCUCAACUGGAGUUGCUAGGUUAUGCUGUGCAGGAGACCUUGCAGUUUAUGCAAAUGCACUGAAGAAAUGCCUUAUACAGAUUCCAUCCAAUAGUUUGUCAAAGGCACAUGGAGUGAUUGAGAUGCCAAGUCCUCCUCCAGAGCUAUUAAUAUUUGAACCUUUUAUAGAGACCGAUGAGAUAAUUGUUUCAUCCAAAUCGACAAAUGGAAAUGCACAUCAUCUCAUAUGGGAAGGGCGUAGUAGGUGGGUUGAAGUGACUGUUGGUGUUAUGGGCAAACGUGGAGCUAUGCACUCAUUGACUCCUAGCAUUACUGUCAAAGAAACUGGAGACAUUUUAUCACUUGAGGAGAAAUUCCAGGGUGGAACUGGCAUCAAUCUGACUCCACCCCCCUUAUCAAUUAUUAGCAAAGAAGCCUUGGAAAGAUGUAAACAGCGCAUUGAAAUAAUAGCAAACACAUUGGGAUUAGAAGGAUUUUCACGUAUCGAUGCAUUUGUGAAUGCGGACACUGGGGAGGUUUUGGUCAUAGAGGUCAAUACAGUACCUGGGAUGACUCCUUCCACCGUGUUGAUUCAUCAGGCACUUGCAGAGCAACCACCGAUGUAUCCGCAGCAGUUUUUCCGUACGAUGCUUGAUUUGGCUUCAGGGAGAGUUAAUUAAAUGCUAAUAUACUAUAAACUACAUGAGUGAGCCCACACAGCCACCCAAAACAUGCUUUGGGGACUAUAACCAAAAAUUAAGAACCAUAACCAAUAAGAACGCUUCUAUAUAGAGAAAAUUUCCCCCCUCAAAUACAAAACUCAAUUGAUUAUAUGUGUAUACAAUAAAUUGAAUUUUGUAUACAACUGUAAACAUAUUUUUUGGACAGGUGUGAGCAGCGCUUAUUCAGUGUGCUCAUUGAGUGAGCCUAGCAAAUCCGUUCUCCUUCAGAA